GGAGAGCCUUUCUACCUUUUAGCUUUGUGUUCGACUUAAAAUAGAGUUUGGAUUGAAACCUUCAGCCGAGAAACAGGACAUAAUACAGAUAGGCACCGUUUGUAAACUCCCAUAUUUUCAAGUAACGUAGAUCUAUAAUAGCCAUAAACUGGGUAUGGUUUGGUUUAUUUCAGUACAUGGAUUGUUUAUGUCUUUCACUCGAUCUUGUUGAAGUAAUUUCAGAAUCCAUUUCAAAUGAGAAAUUUAAUUCGAUAUUCUGAUCCAUGUUCAAUAUCUCAGUUAUCCUCCGACUGACAUUCCCUUGUUUCCAGGAAGAGAAGUUUUACCUUGCCGUGGUGGCUCUCAAGAAAUCAGACUUAGAACCUGUGGAAGAGAUGCUUGCUACUGUUUGCCCAUUUUAUGGGCUUUGUUGUUCUCAAAGAUACUAAAAUUUGUUUGUUCUUGCUUCUAGUGUUGGGUUCCUAGCAAUAACUUUCUCUUCCCCAAAAAAGUUUUGGGUUCUUUUGGUAUUUAUGCACUUCAUUACUAUAAUAAAAUAAAUAAUACAGUUUGCA